GAAGGAGGCGGAUCUAACACAGAGGAGCAGGAUGGGGGAUGGAAGAGGAGGAGCGGGAGGAAGAGGAGGAACAAAGGCGGAUUAAGGCCGAGCAGAAGGCGCCAUACGCCGAGCCCUGUUUCAAUUCGCAGCCCCCACCUUUGGGAUCAUCGCAACCCCAUCGCGCAGAGCAGGAGCUGAGCAUGGAGAGCAGGGAGGACAAAUGCCCGCGGCAGAACCUGGUGGAAGAGGCCGUUUUGAGCGGCUCCACGGCGCAGGAAGCCAACGGGGAGGAAAAGGCCCGGAGAUGCCGCACGAGGAGGGGCUGCAAACGCAGACGGCGGGGAUGUGAGGGGGAAAGAGCCAGCCUGGGCCGGGAAGGCGGCCGGAGAUGGAGGCAGAGCUCGGAGCUGGUGCUCCAUGAGCAGCUCCAUGGUGGGAAGAAGCCCCACACGUGCGGAGAGUGUGGGAAGAGGUUCAGGUGGAACUGCGAACUGAUUGUGCACCAAAGGAUCCACACGGGGGAGAAACCCUACGAGUGUGGGGAGUGUGGGAAGAGCUUCAGCUGCAGGUAUGUCCUGAUGAAGCACCAGAGGAUCCACACAGGGGAACGGCCCUACAAGUGUGGGGAGUGUGGGAUGAGCUUCAUCCGGAGCUCACACCUGAUCAGGCACCACAUAACUCACAACGGGGAAAAGCCCUAUGAGUGUGGGGAGUGUGGGAUGCGCUUCAGCCAGAGCUCCCACCUCAUCCUGCACCAGAGGAUCCACACUGGGGAGAGGCCCUACGAGUGUCGGGAGUGUGGGAAAAGCUUCAGCCGGAGCUCCAGCCUGAUCAAUCACCAGAGGAGCCACACUGGGGAACGGCCCUACAAGUGUGGGGAGUGUGGGAAGGGCUUCAGGUGGAGCUCUGACCUGAUCAAGCAUCAGAGGACCCACAUUGGGGAGAAGCCCUACAAGUGUGCGGAGUGUGGGAUGAGCUUCAGCCAGAGCUCCCACGUGAUCAGGCACCACAUAACUCACAAUGGGGAAAAGCCCUACGAGUGUGGGGAGUGUGGGAAGAGCUUCAGGUGGAGCUCCCACCUGAUCCUGCACCAGAGGAUCCACACUGGAGAGAAGCCCCAUGAGUGUGGGGAGUGUGGGAAAAGCUUCAGCCGGAGCUCCAGCCUGAUGAGCCACCAGAGGAGCCACACUGGGGAGAGGCCCUACGAGUGUGGGGAGUGUGGGAAGAGCUUCAGCCAGAGCUCCACCCUGAUCAAGCACCAAAGGAUCCACACUGGGGAGAGGCCCUACGAGUGUUCCAAGUGUGGGAUGCGCUUCAGCCGGAGAUGUGACCUGAUCAGGCACCAGAGGACCCACACAGGGGAGAGGUCCUACGAGUGUGAUAAAUGCAGGAAGAGGUUUCUGACCAGCUCCCAUCUCCUCCGGCACUAUCGGAUUCACACAGAGGAGAGGCCCUUCCAAUGCCAUGAGUGUGGGAAGGGAUUCAAGAACAACUACACCCUCGUCAGGCACAGGCUCAUCCACACUGGGGAGAGGCCCUACGAGUGUGAUAAAUGCAGGAAGAGGUUUCAGACCAGCUCCCAUCUCCUCCUGCACUAUCGGAUUCACACAGAGGAGAGGCCCUUCCGCUGCCCCGACUGUGGGAAGGGAUUCAAGCACAACUUCCACCUCAUCACCCACCGGCGCAUCCACACCGGGGAGAGGCCCUACGAGUGUCCCCAGUGUGGGAAGAGCUUCUCCUUCAGCUCUAACUUGACCCGACACCAACGGAGGCACCAGGGGGAGAAGCCCUACGAGUGUGGGGAGUGUGGGAAGAGCUUCAGCCAGAGCAGCAAUCUGACCAGACACCAGAGGAUCCACAGGGAGGAGAAGCCCUUUGAGUGUGGGGAGUGUGGGAAGAGCUUCAGCCAGAGCUCACACCUGAUCACGCACCAGAGGAUCCACACUGGGAAGCCCUACGAGUGUGGGGAGUGUGGGAAGAGCUUCAGCUGGAGCUCCCACCUUAUCCGGCACCAGAGGACCCACACUGGGGAAAGGCCCUACAAGUGUGCGGAGUGUGGGAUGUGCUUCAGCCAGAGCGCCCCCCUGAUCAAGCACCAGAGGACCCACACUGGGGAGAGGCCCUACGAGUGUGACAAGUGUGGGAAGAGGUUUCAGACCAGCUCCCAUCUCCUCCGGCACUAUCAGAUUCACACAGAGGAGAGGCCCUUCCAAUGCCCAGAGUGUGGGAAGGGAUUCAAGCACAACUCCCCCCUCAUCACCCACCGGCGCAUCCACACUGGGGAGAGGCCCUACGAGUGUGAUAAAUGCAGGAAGAGGUUUCAGACCAGCUCCCAUCUCCUCCGGCACUAUCGGAUUCACACAGAGGAGAGGCCCUUCCGCUGCCCCGACUGUGGGAAGGGAUUCAAGCACAACUCCACCCUUGUCACCCACCGGCGCAUCCACACUGGGGAGAGGCCCUACGAGUGUCCCCAGUGUGGGAAGAGCUUCUCACAGAGCUCUAACUUGACCCAACACCAACGGAGGCACCACUAAGGGAAGCCCUGCGAGUGCCCCGAGUGCGGGAAGAGCUUCGUGCGCUGCUCCAGCUCCAUCCCCCACUGGAGGAGGCACUUUGGGCACAGCCCUGGUCACUCACAUUCCCUGUGAUCCAUGUUGGGAACACACCUGGCUGCUUCUACUUUUGGUUUCACCUUAAUUUUUUUCUAUUCUCCAUCACUUUGCACUCCAAAAGCCAAGAGGGAUGGAUCUGUCACCUCAAAACCACUCAAAUCCCAGUGAAAACAGCUCAAUCUUACCCCAAAAGGGCUCAAACCCACCUCAAAAAUCUCAAUCCCACGCCAAACUCACUCGAUUCCACAGCCACCAGGCUGAGAUGGGGUUGGGAGGUGAUUUAGAGUAGUGGGAUCUCAAUUAGAGUGGUGGGAUGGGGAUUGUGUGGGGCUGGGUGUGUGGGAUGUAUUUGAUAGCAAAUAAAACUCUCAGACUUGCUGAUUUCUCUCCCGUUCAUGUUCAGUCCGUUGCAGUUCUGUUUGCAGAGUGCCGCCUUCUCAGCUCCUUGUGUUUGUGUCCCCUUUUCUCUCCUGCCUCUCUUUGCCUGCUCUGUUUCUCUCUCAGUGUCUCCCUUG